AUGGUAGUCCGGUCAUACUCUCCGACCACAAAGCUUUAUGGCUUGGCAAUUGAGCCAGGAAGUGGCUAUCAGAAUAUUAUUAACGCGAAAGGUCUCGCAGUGGGAGACGAGGCACAAAUCAUUUACAUGGUGGUAAAUGGCAAAGUUUUCAAUGACGGCUGUUACUUUACUUACGGUAACGCUAAGAAGACUGCUAACUAUGAUCCCGGUACAAUGGAAGCAAUUUACUUUGGUAGCAAUAGGAACCAUGGCUGUGGCGUCGGCAAUGGCCCGUGGGUAAUGGUGGAUAUGAGUAAUGGUCUUUUCGGUUGUGCCGAAACGUGUUGCCCAAACAAUCCCUCGGUGACGUACGAGUUCGUGACUGCUAUGCUCCUCGGUCGUACGGGAGGACAGUUUACUCUUAGAACGGGAAAUGCGCAGUAUAGUAUGCUUGAAGAGAUCUACUUGGGAGAGCGUCCAGAGAAAUACAAAGAGAUGAAGAAGCAGGGCGGCAUCGUCCUCGGCAUUGGCGGUGACUGCAACAACAAAGGUCGUGGUGUCUUCUACGAAGGGCUAUUGCAAAAGGCAUCCCAGUCAAUAGGUUUGACAAACGAAUUGGUCGAGACAUUUUUUAUGCGUCGUAUGGUAAAGCAGCCGAACCGAUCGAAGGGCCCGGAACGGUUACAGCAUCGAGCAAACCAUGGGAUUCUUUUUGGUAGCUUAGCUGACAAUAGGUGUUUUAAUACCAAGAGGGCCGUGCGUGAUUUCUGA